CCUCACGCUCAUUGGUCACGUGACACCAACUACGUGCGUCAACGACGAAAUUUUGCAACGGUUAUCGAUCGCUGCAAUUCUGGCCAUUAUAUAGGAAACAUUUUUAAAUUUUACUCUUUUGACCCAGUAAAAAUUGCUUCGCAUUUUUAGGAAUAUAGCCGAAAUAACGAAUGCUUGAUCAAAGUCAUCUUAAAAAAUGAUUUCCUGCUGGAAUGGCCCAUAAUACGGAAGUAGGGUGCGACGAAAGUUUGAGAAAUAUCUAGUAGCUAAUUCUAGAAGUCCAUUUUUCCAGUUUGUAGCUUUUAACAUGGGGAAGGUAAUUAUUUCGACAAAAAUAAUGAUGUCAAGAACAAUACAUUGAUUCGGUAUCAAACGUGUAUGAAAUAAUCAUACUGGAGGAACAAUUACAUACAAUGAUAAUGCUAUAUCGUUACUAAUACGAUAGAAUAAUUGCUAAUGCAACUGUAAAACUGUAGGAUUUUACAAAACAAUUUCAUUCUAAAACAGUGUAAGCUAACAGCUAUGAACUUGAACUUCAUUAUUAUACGGUAACUAACAUCGCAUGAUACAAAGGUUAGAUUUAGAUAUGUACGUAUGUAUACAGAAUACAUAUGACUAUGUAUUCAAUCUUUAUUCGCUAUUGCAGUAUUUCUUCAUUGCCAAACUGAAACAAAGUAUUUUAUUGCAGACAUCAGAGUGGUAUUAUAAAGAGUAGAGUUACAUAGUUGCAGUGUCAAUAUAAAACGAGCCCUACAAAACUGAAGUAUCAGCAGCCAUAUUCCUCGAUUAUUAUUUGCAUUAUCAAAGGAUCACCGUCUGUGCCAUAUUGAUUAUAAGGCUUCUGAAGAAAAGGAGACAGCACUGGCAGGUGUACAACUUUAACGGUCUUCUGAACGUUACGAAGUACACGUUUACGUGUAUUUGCGCAAACGCGUUACGAAGCACGAUUCGUGAUAUCCGUCUAUUGAUAAAAAACUGCACAUUUUAUCGUUACUUGCAAACUUACAACGCAAAAGUGUUUUUCCUAUUACGAUUAAAAUACUUCAUACAUUAGUAAGCAAAUUAUAUAUUUUUUAUGUUAUAUUUUUUUUAUAUUUACUUUUGUAUAACAAAUAGUUGAACCAAAAAUUAAAUAAAAAGCAUGUAAUAUAAUAUUUCUCAAAUAUUAAAAUAAAGAUUGCCAGUCAGGAACUAAAUUUUCUAUACAAUUUUCUUAAAUUGUGUUUUCAUAAUACAAUAUUCAUAAUAUAAAUGACUAAGUUUCCACCGAGGGUUCAAAUCGGGUUCAAAUCGGGUUAGAGUCGGGUUAGAGUCGAGUUAGCAGUCGGGUUAGAGUUCGGUUGCCUUGCCUGUUUCCAUCAGAUCAAAGUUACGUUGGAGUUGCGGCAGGGUUGAACAUUACCAACUGCACAAAGUCAACUACCAUAUUUUGACAUGUAAAGGUUAUAUUAUUAAAAUGGGUCGGAGAGCAAUAUUAAUUUUACAAUAUCAAAAUAACAUACAAAAAUAAUUUUUGUAUGUUAUUUUAAUUAUUAUAACCUUGUCUACACCAAUUAAUACAACACAAUGCUGAUACACAAUGCAAUUUGGAUUUGUUAUGUUGGCAACAUGAACUCGACUUUUGUCGUUUCCACUCAGUAAUGAGAUAUUGGACUGAGGCGCCACAUUUUUAUUAACAAAUAUUGUUCAUUGUGAGAAAUGGAUACGUCAAAUGAAUCACCUUUGUAUAGGUUAGAAGGAACGGACAAAAAUCAAACAGGAGGGUUAAUUAUUCGAAAAAAACCCUCUGAUCAUACGUUUAAAAAGCCCCAAGUGUCCGUUUUAGGUCUUGAUAAACUUGCAAAGCGGAAAAGGCAAGAAAAUUCGCAGGAAACUAAAUCAAAAUCAGAAUCAAAUUCGCCAAAGUCAGAGAGUAGAGAAAGAAAAUAUCGUUCUUAUGCAGAAGAAACUCCAACGCAUACUGGUGGAGUAAAUUAUGAGGCACAGAAAAGAUUGGAAUCACGAUUGAAACAUCAGAGACUAAGUGCCCAAGACAAACAACACAGGCACAGUUAUAAGGAUAGAGAUAGAGAUAGAAAUAGGGAAAGAGAUAGAGACAGAGAAAGAAGUAGAAGCAGGGAUAGCAUCAGGCAAACACCCUUAAGAUUCAAAGAUGAACCACAAACUCCAUUAUUUAAAACAAAAGAUCCAACAUCUAAAAGUAAUUGGGACGAUGAUGAAGAUGAAGAACCAAGAAAAUCAAGUUGGGACCAUCCAACACCAAAUCUGUAUACCAGCAAAGAUGGUAGAGAAAGUAUCAGAAGCGAAUUCACACCUUCCUAUAAAUAUAAUUCUUGGAAUAAAGAUCGGAAAGCUAGUGGUGCUACCCCAAUCAUAGAUGGAGAAGAGAAAGAAUUAUGGGAAGAAGAGCAACAAAGAUUGGAUAGAGAAUGGUAUGCCUUGGAUGAUGGGGAAAAUCAUGCAUUUGCUGAUGUAUCUGAAGAAUACACACGCAAAAAGGAAAUGGAACUUGAAGCAAAAAGACAGAAACGUCUAUCUGCACAGCAACGACAAAUAAAUAAGGACAAUGAAUUAUGGGAACGUAAUAGAAUGUUAACAUCCGGUGUUGUAAGUUCUUUAGAUCAUGAUGAUGAUCCUGAUGAUGAAGGAGAGACUAGAGUGCAUCUUUUGGUUCAUAAUGUAGUUCCUCCAUUUCUGGAUGGUCGAAUUGUAUUCACCAAACAACCAGAACCUGUUGUACCUGUGCGUGAUCCUACUUCUGACAUGGCUCUUGUAGCAAGAAAAGGAUCAGCUUUGGUGCGCGCAUAUCGCGAACAAAAGGAACGAAAAAGAGCACAGAAGAAACAUUGGGAAUUAGCUGGUACUCAUAUUGGUAAUAUUAUGGGUGUGCGUGAUAGACAUAAAGAUGACAGAGAAGAUCCAGGACAAGAAACUGACUUCAAAGCGGGUCAGAAGUACGCUCGUCAUAUAAAAGGUGAUGAAGUUACUGGAGAAGCUAAAUACAGAUCAAUUCAACACCAACGAAGGAGUCUUCCGGUAUUUGCCGUGCGUCAAGAAUUAUUAAACGUUAUAAGAGAAAAUAGCGUUGUAGUUAUAGUUGGUGAAACUGGUAGUGGAAAAACUACACAAUUAACACAAUAUCUUCAUGAAGAUGGUUAUAGUCGUUAUGGAAUAAUCGGCUGUACGCAACCUCGGCGAGUUGCAGCUAUGUCUGUAGCUAAACGAGUUUCAGAUGAGAUGGCUACUACUUUAGGAGACAAAGUAGGAUAUGCUAUUCGUUUUGAAGAUUGUACUUCAAAAGAUACUGUUAUUAAAUAUAUGACUGACGGUAUUUUGCUAAGAGAAAGCUUAAGAGAGGGCGAUUUAGAUCGGUACAGUGUCAUUAUUAUGGAUGAAGCUCAUGAAAGAUCUUUGUCUACUGAUGUUUUAUUUGGUUUACUUAGAGAGGUUGUGGCACGAAGACAUGACUUGAAGUUGAUUGUAACAUCAGCUACAAUGGAUUCCAGUAAAUUUUCAACGUUUUUUGGAAACGCUGCAACCUUUCAGAUUCCUGGUCGUACUUUUCCAGUUGAAGUGUUACAUGCAAAGAAUCCAGUAGAAGAUUACGUGGACGCUGCAGUGAAGCAAGUUCUACAAAUUCAUUUGCAACCACGUUCCGGUGAUGUGUUAGUUUUCAUGCCUGGUCAAGAAGAUAUUGAAGUCACAUGUGAGGCUCUCAAGGAACGUUUAGCGGAAAUUGAAUCAGCACCUCCGCUUUCAAUUUUACCCAUUUACUCGCAGUUGCCUUCAGAUUUACAGGCUAAAAUUUUUCAACGUUCAGAAGGGGGCUUACGAAAAUGCGUAGUAGCAACGAACAUAGCCGAAACUUCAUUGACUGUAGAUGGAAUUGUGUUCGUUGUAGAUUCAGGAUAUUGUAAACUGAAGGUUUAUAAUCCACGAAUUGGUAUGGAUGCCUUACAAGUGUAUCCAGUAUCCAGAGCCAACGCUGACCAAAGAGCGGGCAGAGCAGGACGUACUGGUCCUGGCACUUGUUACAGAUUAUACACACGAAGACAAUAUCUUGAUGAAUUACUAUUAACUGGUGUUCCAGAAAUACAGCGUACCAAUUUAGCGAAUACUGUAUUAUUACUAAAAUCGUUGGGUGUUCAAGAUUUGUUAGCCUUCCAUUUCAUGGAUCCUCCACCUCAAGAUAACAUACUGAAUUCUUUAUAUCAACUAUGGAUCUUGGGCGCAUUAGAUCACACAGGACGUUUAACGCCUUUGGGACGUCAAAUGGCAGAAUUUCCUUUGGACCCACCUCAGUGUCAAAUGCUUAUAGUUGCUUCUCAACUCGGUUGCACAGCAGACAUACUCAUCAUAGUUUCUAUGUUAUCAGUGCCUUCAAUAUUUUAUCGGCCGAAAGGUCGCGAAGAAGAUUCCGAUUCGGCAAGAGAGAAAUUUCAAGUACCGGAAUCUGAUCAUUUAACAUAUUUAAAUGUAUAUAGUCAAUGGAAAGCGAAUGGUUAUUCUAGUUCAUGGUGCAAUGAUCACUUCAUACAUGCAAAGGCUAUGCGCAAAGUAAGAGAGGUUCGACAGCAGUUGGAGGAAAUUUUAAAACAGCAAAAAAUGGAAGUUGUUAGCUGUGGCACGGAUUGGGAUAUUGUACGGAAAUGUAUUUGCUCCGCAUAUUUCCAUCAGGCAGCUCGUUUAAAAGGAAUUGGUGAAUAUGUGAAUUGCCGUACCGGAAUGCCGUGUCAUCUUCAUCCAACUUCAGCAUUGUUUGGUAUGGGAUUCACACCAGACUACGUAGUGUAUCAUGAGCUCGUAAUGACCGCCAAAGAAUAUAUGCAAUGUGUCACUGCCGUUGAUGGACACUGGCUGGCCGAAUUGGGUCCAAUGUUCUUCAGCGUGAAAGAAACGGGAAGAAGUGGACGUGCAAAAAGACGUCAAGCAAUGCAACAUUUACACGAGAUGGAAGGACAAAUGAAAGAAGCUGAAGAAGAAAUGAAAGCAAGAGCACAAGAACAACUUGAACGGGAACAAGCUUCUAUCAGAAAACAAGAAAUACUGACGCCGGGUAUCAGAGAACCAGGAACACCUGCUCCCUAUCGUAAAACCCCAGGUAGAUUAGGGUUAUAAUUGUAUAUAGUUUAAAAGUUUGUAAAUAAAAUAUGAACAGUAUGAUUCAGGUUUUUAGUACUUUUUGUGCUGUAAUUAAGAUUAAAAUUAUUAAAUUGAAAAACGUCAUUUGUGCACUAAAUAUAAAGUUAAAAAAUUUUUAUUAUUUUUAUUAUCUUUUGUGACGCGACGUUCAAGAUGUAGAAUUUAUAACAUUGUAAUACAUGUAAGUGAUGUAAAAAUGAA